GAGAGAGAGAGAGAGAGAGAGAGAGAGAGAGAGAGAGAGAGAGAGAGAGAGAUGGGAAAGAGCAGGGUUCUUGUGGUAGGGGGAACUGGAUACAUUGGGAAGAGGAUCGUUAAGGCAAGCUUAGCCCUGGGACACGAGACAUACGUGCUUCAACGGCCGGAGAUCGGCCUCAACAUCGAAAAGGUCCAGAUGCUCUUAUCAUUCAAGGCUCAAGGGGCCCACCUCGUCGAAGGAUCCUUCUCCGAUCACCAGAGCCUUGUGGAUGCGGUGAAACAAGUGGACGUCGUCAUAUGUACAAUCUCCGGCGUACAUGGCAGGAGCCACCAUAUCCUGAUGCAGCUAAAGCUGGUGGACGCCAUCAAAGAAGCUGGAAAUAUAAAGCGUUUCCUGCCGUCGGAGUUUGGAACGGACCCGGCACAAAUGGCCCAUGCAAUGGAACCCGGAAGAGUGUCAUUCGACGAAAAGAUGGUGGUAAGGAAGGCAAUCCAAGAUGCCGGCAUUCCCUUCACUUACAUCUCUGCCAACUGCUUCGCCGGAUAUUUCGUUGGCAGCCUCUGCCAAUUUGGUCGAAUCACGCCUUCCAGAGAGAGCGUACUCUUAUUGGGAGAUGGUAACAUUAAAUCCAUUUAUUUGGACGAGGACGAUAUUGGGACGUACACCAUCAAAACUAUAGACGACCCGCGUACAUUGAACAAAACAGUAUACCUCCGUCCGCCAGAAAACAUCCUCUCACAGAGGGAGAUAGUCGGGAUGUGGGAGAAGCACACUGGGAAGGAACUCAAGAAGUCCUCCAUAUCGGCAGAGGAUUUCCUCGCCACCAUGAAAGAUAUGGAUUUUGCUGGACAAGUGGCGCUGACACACUUCUACCAUAUUUUCUAUGAGGGCUGCCUUGCGAAUUUCGAAAUAGGGGAAGACGGAGUCGAGGCUUCGGAGCUGUAUCCAGAGGUUAAUUACACUCGAGUGGACGAAUAUCUCAAACGAUAUUUAUAGAAAAUCUGAAAGACCUUCCAAUAGAACUUACGGUUGAUUUAAAUGGAUUUUUCAUUGGAGUUGCCGAUGAAGGGAUCUUAAGCUUUGUGCUUCCAUUUCAUAAGAAGGUAUGGAUUGUAUGCAUUGAGAAAGCUAAUGACAUUUUCUUUCCUCGUGUCAGUCGCUCUUCUGGAUGGGACCAUACAAGUCUCAGUUGUUAGGAUGCACAGGUAUCAACAGUGAGGCCGUGUUUGGGUACAAUAAUGAAAUGUAUUGUGGAAAUUCAGUUUAAUCAAGAGAAACUACUUUGUUAUAAUGAACUGAAUAUGGAAAAGAAUCCUAAAUACCUGUAUGCUUUA